CGUACUUUACGGUAAUGCAACUGUCGUAAAGUACAGAUUAGAAGCGCAAACAGACUACAGGCUGUCAUACGGACACUUUCAGACACGGGGUAUAGACAGACUGUGUGGACCUUUAUAUAGCCUUGGGUCCUGCGUACAGUGACGGUUUGACUUGUCAGAAACAGACCUGAGGACUCGGGAUUUGAGGAUAUAUCAGCUGUUUUUGCUUGAACGGGGUCAUGAACUCUGCCGAUAAGCUGCUUUUGUGGACGGACAUUCAAACCAGGACAAGAAAUAAGCGUAUGGAAGAACAGAAAACUCGGAAUGCCAUCUUGACUCUUUGAACAUGAUACCAACAUAAGGAAAUGAUGCUUUGAAGUUCAGUUGAAACACAGAGAGCCGCCUGUAGAGCAGCUGAUGAAGAUGGUGAAGUCCAGCAGACCUGGUCCUCCUGACGGUGGCUAUGGCUGGGUGGUGGUCUCCUCAGCCUUCUUGGUCAUGGGCCUCACCGCUGCUGUCCUCAAAAACUUCGGCCUCUUCUUCUUGGAAAUCCAGAGUCACUACGGAGUCUUGUCCAGCACCACCUCCUGGGUCACCUCCACUGCGAUUGCCAUGUUCCACCUCGGAGCUCCAGCUGCCAGUGUGCUGACCUUACUGUUUUCUCAGAGAGUGGUCAUUGUAGUCGGAGGCCUGCUGUGUGCUUCUGGAAUGCUGUUGGCGUCCUUAGACCUCAGUUUACCGUGGCUCUACCUCUCCAUGGGCGUCCUGCAAGGUACAGGUAUCUCCUUUUCGUGGAUCCCAGCGAACAGCAUGGUGAGCCACUACUUUGUCCACUGGCGUCCGGUUGCCUACGCCAUCACCAGCUCAGGGGAAUGUGUGUUCACCAUCAUAUUCAGCCUGUUCUUCCAGUGGCUGAUUGAGACGUACAGCUGGCAGGGCGCCCUGCUCAUCAUCGGAGGCCUUCAACUCAACCUGUGUGUCUGCGGAGCUCUGAUGAGACCACUGGGGAACCAGAACCAGGACCCCAGAGACAGUGUGGACUCUGAUGCUGCUGCCGCCCCACCAAAGAAAAAGAUGAUAUUCCAGUGUUCUUUACUGAAAAAACCCGAACUUUUGCUUUAUAUCCUUUUCGCCAUACUAGCUGCUACAGGGUUUUUCAUCCCAACUCUGUUUUUAGUGCCCUUCGCUAACAGUUUAGGCAUUCAGAAAUACUGGCCAGCCUCCAUCCUCUCAGUUCUGGCCUUGGCUGAUCUGAUGGGGAGGUUAAUGUGUGGUUGGAUCGCCAACAUGAGGCUGAUGAGGAAUGCGCUGCUCACAGUGGUGGUGAUGCUGCUGGGUGUGGUGCUGCUACUGCUGCCCAUCAUCCACGCCUACUGGCCCAUCCUGCUCUUCUCUGCCCUCUACGGCUUCCUGUUCGGCUGCGUCGUAGCCAUCCACGUCACCUCCAUUGUGGACAUUGUGACCCUGGAGGGGUUCGACAGCGGACUGUGGCUCUUCAUGCUGUUUAGGAGCAUCGGUGGGUUUCAUCGGACCACCUGCUGCAGCUGGUUGGUGGAUCGGACGGGGACCUACAGCGCUGCCUUCUACCUCUCUGGCUUCUGCUCAUUUCUUUCAGCUCUGUUUGUUGUUGUAGUCGACUACCUGGUUCAGAGGAAAAAGAGACAGAGGAUCUCAGCAAGGUAGCGAACCAACAGAAUGACAGAGUAGCAGGGAAUGUCAAGUAACGCACUGUUUACCUGAUGAGCCUUUUUGUAGCAAAGACCGUUGACUAUCCGAACAUAUGGGAUCAUUUGGUCUACUGUCAGAUGACCUCACUUCAGGGUAACUUUACACAGUGCCUCUCUUGCUUCACUAGAAUGGAAUGAACAACACAUUACCUCAGACGACGGCGGAUACUGACAUGUAGAUUUGAGAUAUACUGCUAUGGUUAUAUU